AUGUGGUUCAGAUCACGGGCGAUAGAGGAGGCUGCGGACAGGGGCUAUGUGGAUAUACUAGAUGCAUUGCAACAAACAGCCGCAGGCCAGCCAUUGUUGGCACAGGCUCACACAAAUGAGACCAUAUCUGAAAGAGCUUUAGAAUACGCAUCUGAGUGUCUGCAGAGGUGUUACAACGGCAUCCCGCGGUGGCGCGAUGUUGGUCCUAUGUGUCUGAGGUUUGUCACUCGGCAGGUGCAAAGGGACGUCAACACAGCACUUUCACGCUUGGGUUGGGUGAUAGUACUGUGUGCUCUGUCGUUUUUAUUGCCACAGUCAGUGCUGGACAUGGCGAAGGUGUUCAUCCCCGCGCGUGCCCUGGCCGCGUGGGAAUCUUUGCGAAGGUGACAGGUACGCACCAAGUGCAGAAGCGUUGCUAAAACCCUAAACCGUAAAACCCAGAUACGCAUAAAGUGCAAAAGCGUUGUACUUAUACACAUGGCAUACGCACUCCGCGCAUACAAUGCGCUGCGGUACGGCUGUAGGCUUACACGGAUAUCCAGUAUUAUCCUAC